GGACUUCACAAUAAGUGCCCUUAGAAGGAAAGCCUGUCAGGCUGUAAACUGGGAAGCAUUUUUUCACUUCUUGAGUGGCUGCAAACCUGCAGUUCAGAAAACCCAAAUCCAUUCCUCUGCUCAGUGACAAUGCAGGAGAAACCCUGACUGCAGGGGCGUUUCAGCCUGUUAAAUCUCGGAAUAAUCUCCAUAAGUCUUCAUACCAUCAAGGGGCGGAGGGCGCGCGCCGUGGCCGCAGUGAGAGGCGCUGCAGGCGGGGAGCUGAGCAGCGCAGCCGGCGGCGGAUGACCGGACGGGGGCAUGGAGAUGUUGCGCCGCUCCUCUGUGUUUGCGGCUGAAGUGUUUGACCGCUCGCCCACCGACAAGGAGCUGGUGUCCCAGGCCAAAGCACUGUGCAGGGACUACAUCCACUCCAGGCUGAACCGUGCCGGGAUAGGCUGGUCUAAGCCAGAGCACGGGCUGGCUGCAUCAGGCGGGGCUCUGGGAGAGAUUUCGUCGGUGCUGCUGUGGCUCGGUGAUGAGUUGGAAUACCUUCGACCCAACGUUUACCGCAACGUGGCGCGACAGCUCAACAUCACAGUGGCGUCGGAGAGCAUUGUGUCCGAUGCUUUCCUGGCCGUGGCUGCAGACAUUUUCUCCACAGGUGUGACGUGGGGGAAGGUGGUGUCUUUGUACGCUGUGGCAGGAGCCUUGGCAGUGGACUGCGUUCGCCACGGCCAUCCAGCUAUGGUCCAUACCAUUGUCGACUGCAUGGGGGAGUUUGUCCGCAAGAGCCUGACGUCCUGGUUAAAAAGGAGAGGGGGCUGGAUGGAUGUCACAAAGUGUGUGGUGAACACUGAUCCCAGCUUCCGCUCUCACUGGCUGGUGUCUGCCGUCUGUGCCUUUGGACACUAUGUGAAGGCCACCGUGUUGUACCUCCUCAGGGAGAAGUGAGAGACAGAGUCACACACUGGAUGCUGAGCAGACUGACCCGCACCAUCCACCUCCACCACAUCUUCACUAAAGCAUCCACUGCUUUGGAUUAUGUUUACACUUGUUUGCACUGAGCCUUCACGGACGGACACCAGUCCCUUCACAGAAACUGACUUUCCGUGCUUCUUCUGCUUCCUAUGCUAGAUUGUGUAUUUAUUGUUCAAGUUUUAUGGCACACUUUAUGUGAAUGUAAAUAAUCACCUCAUGUUAAUGUUUUUAGCUUUUAAUUUUUCCACAAUCAGCAGAACUGCUCAUUUUGCAGCAUGUUCAGGGAGGUUUGGCGCCCCCUAGUGGUCAAAAAUUGUAACUAUUAUAGAGUAUGUAGUAUUUCUUAACCCUUAAACACCUGGACCAUCAUCAGUGUUCUUGUACUGCCUUCAGACGCCUUUUGCAAGCAUUAAAUCGUCUGAAACCUGACGUAUUGGUUUCUUUUAAAGGAAAAACUUGGGAAAAGGCAAUGAGCAACUUAACAUAAGGUGCUUGACAAACU